GAUUAUGAAAUUAUCAAACUUAAUCAUCGGCUCAACCUUUGCGGCUUUAGCAUUUUCUAAUGCUGUUCCAAUGAAGUUCGAUGUCCUUAGAGGCAACGAUUUUCAUUCAGCCAAAAAGAUUCCUAAGCUAUCGAAAAGAGGUGAUGGCACUGUUUAUGCAGAUAUGUUCUAUGAAGGUGGUAUCUUCUUUGGCUCUAGAAUGGUUGUGAAUGGAACCGAGAUCUUUGCUCUUCUUGAUACCGGCUCAAGUGACUUUUGGGUUAAUGCUCCAAAUAACCCAUACUGUUCUUCUAAUCGAGGAGGAGAAAUUGUCUUUCCAGCAGCGAGUGAAACAAUCUCCGUUUCAUCAGAAGCAGCAACAAUUGACUGUGAGGAGUAUGGAAUCCUUGAUGUUGAUGUGGAAGUUCUUGAAGGGGAUCAUCCAACCUUUGUGAUUGGAUAUGGUGAUACCACUGUCGCAGCGGGAGUUUACCUUGAUGGUGUUGUCACAAUUGGAAAUGCUACUUUGAGCGACUUUACCUUUGGUGUAGCCAACGUUUCAAACGCUACUCCAAUUUGUGGGUUAUCAUUUGAGCAAACUGAGUCCACUCAUUACAUUUAUCAAAACUUACCUUCGGCUCUAAAACAGACUGGUUUGAUUAAGAGAACAGCCUUUUCAAUGUGGUUGGAUGGGGAAAAUGCUGAAGGUUACAUUCUUUUCGGAGGAAUUGAUCAUUCAAAGUACGAAGGGGAACUUGUCACUCUUCCACUUGUAGCUGGCCAGAACAUGUCUCAGCCUAGCACAUUCAAUGUGAAUCUUAACUCCAUUGACAUAAACGAUGGUGAGGUUGAGAUUGAAGUGUUGUCUAAUACCACCAGUGUCUUGUUCGACUCGGGAACCUCAGAAGUUUACUUACCACCGAAUGCCGUUGAAAAUAUAGCUGAGGCUCUGAAAGCUACUUAUUCAGACAGCUGGGGUCAAUAUCUUGUUCGCUGCCCAGAACAGAGCACGAACAUAACAUUUGGCUUCAACUUUGAUGGUCUAAAAGUCGAUAUCCCACUCGAGACGUUCUUGGUCGCAACUGACUCGUCGCAUAAAGAGUGUGCACUCAACAUCUUUGCUGGAACUAAAGGAGUCAAUUAUAUCUUGGGAGAUGUCUUUUUGCAAGAGAGUUGCACCAGUGAACAACAACAAUGA